GUGCCAGCGGAGCCCUGCUCCUUCUUAAGCGCCCGCCAGUCAAGCCCGGGCCAGACGGCCAGCCAGCCGGCGCCCCUAGCGCGGCCACCUGUCCCCCGGAGCCCGGCCGCUGCCACCGCUCCCUCCAUGGCCGACCAGCUGACAGAGGAACAGGUGGCCGAGUUCAGGGAGGCCUUCUGCCUGUUCGACAAGGACGGGGACGGCGCCAUCACCACCCAGGAGCUGGGCACCGUCAUGCGGUCCCUGGGCCAGAACCCCACGGAGGCCGAGCUCCGGGACAUGGUGGGCGAGAUCGACCGUGACGGCAACGGCUCCGUGGACUUCCCCGAGUUCCUGGGCAUGAUGGCCCGGCAGCUGAGGGGCCGGGACAGCGAGGAGCAGAUCCGGGAGGCCUUCCGCGUGUUCGACAAGGACGGCAACGGCCUGGUGAGCGCGGCCGAGCUGCGGCACGUGAUGACCAGGCUCGGGGAGAAGCUGAGCGACGACGAGGUGGACGAGAUGAUCCGGGCCGCCGACGUGGAUGGGGACGGCCAGGUCAACUACGAGGAGUUCGUGCACAUGCUGGUCUCCAAGUGAGGGGCCGCCCGGCCUGGCCGAGGGCUCUGCCUCCGGCUCGGGCGGGAACCUCGGCCUGCCAUCGCUUCCUGCACCCCUCCCGCCCGCCUGGGCUCUGCUUCUCCCCCGCCCGGGUGAUUCCACCCCGCUUCCUGCACCCCACUCUGUCCCCUUCUCUGCUGCCGACCCUCCCCCGGCCUCUUCUCAGCCGGAAUGACACGGGCCACCCCCGAGCCCAGCAAACGCCAGGUGCGUCUGAAACUCAGGGGUAGCAGUGACGUCACUGCCCUGACGGUGACCUGGGAAGGGCGCAGCGUGGCGUCACAGAGCCCUCUGGGCUGGGA